AAAAGUCCAGCCAGUAUCGCCAGGGAGGCUCGCACUCCAGGAAACACCUCGGUGAAGCCACAACUCUCUGUGCUGAAGCAGGGGUGUCCCAGUCAAUCACCAGCCAUAUGAAGUACAGAGUGGGAAGCGGCCACAAUGAGGUGAGUUGGAGGAGGCCGCCUGUCACAUACGUCCCCCUCUCCCGAGUCUUCUUCUAUACCAUGAGCUCUGGCUCUGCCCAGGAUGUGGCAGUCGAGCAUUUCCUGCGUGACAUAGAGAGGCGAAGCAAGCGGCUACACUGCGCUGUGAUAGGCUGCGAGGAGGAGCGACCCUGCAGCGACAUGAACCUGCUGUAUCGUAAGAGCCGUUUGGACUGGAGGCAGAGGGACCAAGAGGGAAGUAAAAAGAGCUCCAACCAAAACGACCCCUCAGCCACCGUUGGCAAAGUCAGAGACCUGGCUUCUUUCCGGCGACACUUCCGGAUGGGUUUCAUGACCAUGCCGGCCUCCCAGGACCUGUCCCCUCACUCUUGUGCCUCCGCCAUGGCGCCUCGCUCGCAGUCCUGCCAUGCUGUAGGUGCCGGGGAUACAAGUCUUGAGAACGGAGAUUACUCUGACACCCAAUCCCAACAUGGCGGCCGCUGCCCCCCGGCCAAACCCAAACGUCACCCCAGCACCCGUCUGAGCUCCUCAUCCACUGACGGCAGAGGACCUAUUGAUACGCCGCCCCCUUCCUCAUCCUCUCACUCACAGUCCAAACACUCAGAGAAGAAAAAUGCCAUGAAGAAGUCUGACUCUGGAGAGAUCGGAGGAAAGAAGGUGCCUCCUUUAAAGCCCAAGAGAAGUCCGAGCACCCAGCUUUCCUUUGACCCUCUUCCUCCACGUGUGCCUGCCUCUGCCACAUCCAUGCCUUUCCAGGCGGCAGACUCUCAGAUCCAGACAGGAGACGGGGAGGAUGAGCCGGUCUAUAUAGAGAUGGUAGGCCAAGUGUUUACCAGAGACAGCCAGACGGCCACACCCCACCCUGUCACCCCUGUGGCCACCACGCCUGACUCUGACUCAGACCAGAGCGAGGCCAUCUAUGAGGAGAUGAAAUAUCCGCUGCAAGAGGACAGAGAGUCCCAGAGACACCUCCCUUCAAAACACGAGAAACUGAAAAGCUCUAAACACUUCCAUGUCACCCCUUCCUCCUCCAGCAGCUCCUCCUCUCUGCCACGCCCCUCCUCUUCCUCGCCCUCCUACUCCAAACCCAAAGCUACGGUGUCGAUCUCCCACUCGUCUCCUCUGCCUUCUUCUGCAUCCUCCACCCCUGUCCCCCAGGUCCUCUCCGCCAGUCCACACACUCCGCGAGCUCCCACUCCCUACCUGCUGCAAGGGAGUAAAUCAGAACCCGAGUCCAACACGAAGAUCCCAGCACCUUUCCCCAAUCUUCUACAACACCGGCCCCCGCUGCUCGCCUUCCCUCAGCCAGCAGCCGCCUCCAGCGGGGUCGGGGUGCAAAACAAGUCUGCUUCGGCAAAAACGCAAACAUCCAGCGUGACAACUCAAGCCAGCACCUCCUCCGCGACCUCUAAUGCUCCCUCAUCAGGCUCCAAGGAUUCAUCGGGAGGAAGUGCAUCCCAGCAGGACAAACACAGCAGAGAGUCUCAGUUAGGCCCCGCACCUGGACUGAGAGCAAGGAGCCACUCCACACCCCUGCCUCCUUCCUCCAAAUCCACCUCCCCAUUCUCCCAUCACCACCACCACCCUCACCAUCGCCCCUCGCACUACCAUCACUAUCGCAAGCCAGACAGAGGAGACUCCCCCGCUCCCAUCAAGGGUAGUUCUCAGACUUCGAGCCAGGCCACGGUUCAGACCCAAACCUCGAGUACAGGCAAGGAAGGCAAGUCCGUUAGCUUCCUUUUGAAGUCCGAUAAAGGAGAGAGGGAUAAGGAUAGGGACAGGGACAGGGACAGGGACAGGGACAAGGAUAGGGACAGGGACCGAGACAAAGAUAGGGACAGGGACAGAGAUAGAGAAAGAGAUAGAGACAGGGGUAGAGACAAGGAGAAAGACAAGGACAGAGAUAGAGAAAGGGACAGAGAUAGGGAUAAAGACAGGGACCGAGACAGAGAAAGGGAUAGGGACAGGGAAAGAGACAGGGAUAGGGACAGGGAUGGAGGGCCGUACUCCUUACAGAUGGAUCACACUCCCUCCACGUCUCAAAGCAGCACCAGCUCAACCCCUACGCCAUUAUCCUCAUCCCAGCGUCCACAUUCUCGCCCCCAUCUUCGCUCUCACACACCUCACGGCCUGCCAGCGUACAAGCCUCCCUCCUCAGACAGUCCCCUGCUGUGGACCUACCCCUCUGGUGGCUUCCGGAGGCCGCCGGCUUACGAGAGCCUGAGAGGAAGCUCUCAGACACCAUCUCUACAACAGCCUUCGAGUCUUACUGGUAUAGGUGAGGGGGCGUUCAAGAGCAACGGAGGGUCGUCAUCCCUCCAUUCAAAAGCUGGCUUCAUGCCAUGGGACAGCAGUGGCAGCUUAGCUGCAGAUGAGGGAUCUUACUGGCCUAUGCAGAGGAAAUUGUCCUUCAGCCAUGGGAGCAGAGAGACAGAGAAGGAUGAGGGGCGUUCGUGGAAUGGCAGUGCUGAUGCCCUAUUAAGAAUGGAUAAGGACGACCUCUGCAUGGGGUCCCGAGGAGGCCACUCAGGCAUCCCAGUCCACUUCAGUGGUGCCACCAGCAGGGCGCUUGGUCACACUGAGUCGCUGGCUGGUGUGGAUAGCAGCCCGGGUUUCAGAGCGCUGCCCAGGGUUGGUCUGCCUCUUCCCUGCCAGACUUUCCCUGCCUGUCGCAAUGGCGAAGUGGGGCGGCUGGGCCGCUCCUCCUCUGCUGCUGGAGUGAGACAGGUGGGUGGAGGAGAUGUCCAGAGACAGAGCAGCCUACCAGCACGAGAAGCCCUGAAUCAGCUGCAUGGUCUGGCCCAGCCUCAAGUGCCCUGCAGUCCCAGCAGCCCCAGUGUGUCUCGGCAGCAGCAGCAGCUUCAGCUCCACCAGCAGCAGCUGCAGUUAAAGCAGCAGCUCCAGCAGCUUCAGCAACAGCACCAUCUGCAGUUGCAGUUCCAGCAGCUCGCCCAGCUGGCACAGGGACAGCCUCCUGUCAGUGGGGGCACCACCCCGUCCGCAACGCAGAGCCAGAGAGACGGCAAGCUGCUGGAAGUCAUCGAGCGUAAACGCUGCCUGUGCAAAGAGAUCAAGGCCCACAGGCGCCCUGACAAAAGCCUGUGCAAGCAGGACAGCAUGCCCAUCCUCCCUAGCUGGAGACGGACACCUGAGCCCCGUAAGACUGGCACACCACCCUGCCAGAGGCCGCAGGCCGUCGUGUGGGACACGGCAAUCUGAGGUGGGAGGACAGGCCAGUGAGUACAGCACUGAGGAGACUAAACACACAGAUGAGUUGAAGAUGGUUGAGGAGGAGAGUCAGAUGGGUUUAGUAACUGGAACACAUAAUAACCAGAGAGGAACAAGAGAGAGUUUUGUGUGAUAAACUGAUCUGAGAACAGUGAUGAAGGUUAUUGGAGACUUUGAACCCAUUUGGGAAAACAACAUAAAAAAAAAAAAGAGGUGAAGAAAGGAAUUAUUACAAUCAGACUAAAUUAAUCUCUUACCCGGGUGAUUUGUACUUGCUCUGUACUAUGUCCUUGAUAUGUUCUAAUUGCCAAUGAUUUUUUGCCACUAAACGCCAGUAUUAUUGCCACAAAGCGAAGACCCCAACUUAAUAACGUUUGGGAUGUUUUCUUAGAUUGGUGUUGCCAAAUUUCCUCCUGACUACUUGAGACAUAAAGGAAUCAUAUAUUUUCUCCAACGCGCAUAGAAACUACUCUGUGGAUGAGGAAAGGCGAGACUCAUUGAUAAGUUAUUGAAGUGUUUCUUGAAAAUCGUGAAUGCAUAUGUUGGUAUCAAUAGAUUGUCAUUGUGGAUGCAAAUAAUCAUCACCGAGGAGUAAAAGCUACCUACUGUAUCUGUUUGCAUAUUUGUAAUGUAAAUCUAUUUACUUUCUCAACGUUUCUGCAAUUUUAUAGCAAUAUGCUUCCGACGGUGGAGCAACAUAAUGAAAAACUUGUGUCAACUAGCCUAAAAUACAUAUCUAAGACUUGAA